AUGCGUAUUCUACUACGAGAAGGAAGAAAACAACAUAUUGACAAUCUACCGGUUGAUACAUUACACCUGAUUAUGAACCGUUUGUCCCUUAAUGAUAACCUUGCAUUGAGAGCAAUAUGCCGUUCUUGCAGGAAAACAAUUUCUAAUGCCAUUGAAAACAAGCAUUGUUGCCAUUUACCUGAAGUGCCACAAGUUUUCCUACGAUCCAACAAUUCAAGGUUCUUUUUCAGCUUGAGUGAAAGAAGUGUACAUCACCAUCACCACCUUAGAACUCCACCGUGGAGGCUCACUAUUAAUACAUGUAUUGGCUCAGUUGAAGGAUGGUUGAUUAUGAGUGACUAUUCUGAAUUAGGUUUUGUGAAAUGUUUCUUCUUGAAUCCAGUGACUGAUGUUAGAAUCAUGAUACCAUCAAAGUUGUCCUUGCCCACCUAUUCUUCCGUCCGAGGUGAUAUAAUACCAUUAACAAAAAUGGUGGCCUCUUCCAACCCAAACUGUGAUGGUUCUUCUGAUUGUUAUUUGGCGGGCCUUUUCUCUGAUGAUUGUCACAUUGCAAUUUAUAAACUCUUUGAUAAGUCAUGGACUAUAGUUGAGUCAGAUAAGGAUUUAGGGUCUUAUUUUACGGACGUGGAAAUUAUUGGAACAAAAUUGUAUGUAAGUGACUCACCCUUAGAUUCUAUAUUGAUUUAUUGUCUCAAGGACACCACUAAUGGACCUCCAAAGGCAAAAGUGUUGGCCAAGUUUCCUAUAAUUAGCAACCAUUCUUUUGGUUUUCUAGGCAAAGAUGAAGCACUAAGAGAGUUAUACUUCAUUUUUAUGUCCUUGAAUGUCGGGCCAGUGUUUGAAAAUCAAGAUGUUAUCCCUGCCCAUUUGAAAAAGAUCUCAGCAUUUCCUGAGCCACCUCAGGUUACCAACUUUGAAGUGUUCAAGCUGGACACAAACAAGGAUCCAAUUGGGUGGCAGAAUGUGCAGCUCGAAGAUAGAGUGGCUUUUGUUAGUAAUUUGAGCAACAUAGUAAUGUCAAGGGAUGAACUUAAUUUCAACAAAGAUUUAAUUAGAGAGAAUAGCAUCUAUUUUGCUUUUUAUUUUCCAUGUCCUACAAAUCAAUGGCAAGGUUUACAGUUAGGGAUACUCAUCAGGAUGUUUGAUUUGACUGAUAGCAGCGUCGAAUACUUUCCUGUGGAGACAUCAAAGGAUGGUGAUGUUCCUUUUCCUAAGUGGUUUGUACCAAGUGUCUGGUGA